AUGGAAAACGAUCCCUUCCUCUUAAUCAACCGUCAAAAUUCACCUCUCACUUCUUCAAAAUCCUUCAACGACUUCACCACCAUACAACCACCACCGCAACACUCAUCAGAAAUUCAAUCAUGCAACUUCACUUCCCACCACCACCACCAACAACAACAACAACCGUCCUCUCCAAAACAUAAAAAACUCAGCCGCUGCAAAACUGCACCUGCCAUGUUCAUUCUCUCAAACCUAAAACCACCACCCACCACCAACCAACCUCAUCUCCCCAAACCUCAAACCAACUCCAUCAUCCGCCAAGGCAUUUGGCUUCUCCUUAUCUACCUCUCUAUCGGCGUAGCCAUCUACUCUUUCAACACAACCCAUUUCUCCGGCAUAGAAACUCACCCUAUCGUCGACGCACUCUACUUCUGCAUAGUCACCAUGUGCACAAUCGGUUACGGCGACAUAGCUCCAUUAACCCCAGUAACUAAACUCUUCGCAUGCGUUUUCGUUUUAGUUGGUUUCGGUUUCAUAGAUAUUCUCUUAAGCGGCCUUGUAAAUUUCGUUUUAGAUUUGCAAGAAAACACUAUUUUAACCGGUCUUCAAAUGGGUGCUAGGGAGGGUUUUUCAGCUAGGGAUUACAUUGUUGAUGUUGCCAAAGGGAGGAUGAGGAUUAGGUUGAAGGUUGGAUUAGCACUUGGGGUUGUUGUUCUUUGUAUUGGUGUUGGGAGUUUGGUUUUGUGUUUUGUUGAGGGUUUGGAUUGGGUUGAUUCCGUUUAUUUGGCGGUUAUGUCUGUUACCACCGUUGGGUAUGGGGACCGCGCGUUUAAGACGCUUCCCGGGAGGUUGUUUGCGGCUAUAUGGUUGUUGUUUUCGACUUUGAUGGUUGCUAGGGCUUUUUUGUAUUUGGCUGAGGCUAGGAUUGAUAGAAGACAUAGGAGAUUGGCUAAGAUGGUUUUGCAUAGGGAAAUUACUAUUGAAGAUUGGCUUGCUGCUGAUAUCAACAAUACUGGUUUUAUUAGUAAGUCAGAAUAUGUGAUCUUCAAGCUGAAAGAGAUGGGAAAAAUACAAGACAAAGAUGUAAUGCAAAUUUGUGAUCAAUUCAGGAAGCUGGAUCCCUCUAACUGUGGGAAGAUAACAUUACCUCAUCUCUUGGAGGGAACAUGA